CCAAACCACAGCCUGAGCUCGCUCCUGCGCGCGCGCUCUCUCGGGCCCAAGUGAAUAGUCCUCGCGCGAGCGGGACACUGUGGUGGAUGCAAUUCCGCUCGCCUCCAGCCUCCAGGAGCUCCCCGGCACCAAAGGCGGCGUCCUCCCCCGAAGCAGCUGCGCUAGCACCUGGGCAGCCUGGACCCUCGUGCCCUGCCCCCGGAACCUCACGCGGGGGGCGCCCCGGGACACCCCCUGCGGGCCGGGUGGAGGAGGAAGAGGAGGAGGAAGAAGACGUGGGCAAGGACCUCCACUCUAUCCAAAACACCUACCUGCGCUGCUGCCACUUAUCUUUAAGGAGGAGGAGAAGAGAGCCAGGGAGAGCCAUGGGGGGCUGCGAAGUCCGGGAAUUUCUUUUGCAAUUUGGUUUCUUCUUGCCUCUGCUGACAGCUUGGCCAGGAGACUGCAGUCACGUCUCCAACAACCAAGUUGUGUUGCUUGAUACAACAACUGUGCUGGGAGAGCUAGGAUGGAAGACGUAUCCAUUAAAUGGGUGGGACGCCAUCACGGAAAUGGAUGAACACAAUAGGCCCAUUCAUACGUACCAGGUAUGUAAUGUAAUGGAACCAAACCAAAACAACUGGCUCCGGACAAACUGGAUCUCCCGUGAUGCAGCUCAGAAAAUUUAUGUGGAAAUGAAGUUCACACUGAGGGAUUGUAACAGCAUCCCAUGGGUCUUAGGGACUUGCAAAGAAACGUUUAAUCUGUAUUAUAUGGAAUCAGAUGAAUCCCACGGAAUUAAAUUCAAGCCAAGCCAGUAUACUAAGAUCGACACAAUUGCUGCUGAUGAGAGUUUUACCCAGAUGGAUUUGGGCGAUCGCAUCCUCAAACUCAACACUGAAAUUCGUGAGGUGGGGCCUAUAGAAAGAAAAGGAUUUUACCUGGCUUUCCAAGACAUUGGGGCGUGCAUUGCCCUGGUUUCAGUCAGAGUUUUCUACAAAAAGUGUCCCUUCACUGUUCGGAACUUGGCCAUGUUUCCUGAUACCAUCCCAAGGGUUGAUUCUUCCUCUUUGGUUGAAGUCCGGGGCUCUUGUGUGAAGAGUGCGGAAGAGCGUGACACUCCUAAACUGUAUUGUGGAGCUGAUGGAGAUUGGCUGGUUCCUCUUGGAAGGUGCAUCUGCAGUACAGGAUAUGAAGAAGUUGAGGGUUCUUGCCACGGCAUGAAAGAACUUCCUGUCCCUAUUUCUUAGAAUGGAGGAGAGAAUUGAACACUCUUUUAAUGAAGCCUUAAUUUAGACCCUGAUCCUUUAUCAUUGGUAAGCACUAAAGUUUCUGUCUCUGUACAAGAUGAAUUAUCUAGUUUUAUUCUGAUCUUGGGUUUAUUAUAUGUUGUACUCUCAUUUUUUCCUAAAUAAUGAUAUUGAUUUUUCUAUGGAUUUCCUAUUUUAACUUAAACAAUAUUUUACCAUAUUUUAGUUGUAAAAAAUGAACAUAAUUUUAUAGUAUUCAAAUGCAUUACAGAGAAAAUAGGCAAGUGACUUAACUAUGUCUUUCUAAAACUCAAUAAUCUACAUUUAUCCUUAAAAACAUUACCACACAUGUCUACAUAUACAAUGGUAUACAUGUUUAUAUAUGGUAUAUAUGGAGAUGCAUACAUACACACACACAUAUAAAACUCAAAUGUGUUUUUUUUAUGUAGCUCUAGUAUAAUCUGACUAAGAGUAGGAAAUUUUUGCCAAGUCUUUUUAUUGUUUUCAGUAUAGGUAGUGAAAUAAUAAAGAAAUAAGGUUUAAUUAAUCAUUAGCUUAACUUCUCUCAUAUAAGUAGUCAAACAAAUCACAGUUAACUUCUUCUUAAUCAUUUUUAACCUGCAACAGCACUUUAAAAAUUUAUUUAAAGAUCUGUGAAUCAAUUCUACUGAUUUAAAGAAUGAUCUAAUAGAGGAAGCUUGAUCAAGUGUCCUUAGUGAUUUAUCUUAUUUCAGUAAGAUUGUUUUAUAUUUUCUUAUACAAAGCAAUUUAUCAAAAACACAAAAGGCUCAGAAUAAGGCUGGAGGGAAAAUGUCUUUCUGAUCUCAACUGAAAGCUAACCUCAAGAACUUGGGUUUUUCAUUUCAUAACUAGGGCAGUUGAGGGGGGAUUAUCUCUGCCUAAGCAGUAGAGUCUUUAGAUCAAACACUAAGAAAAAGAGAUAAGUAAAAUGAUAAGCCUUAAGUAAAAUAUACAAAAGCAAAGCAAAUGGAGAAUAAGAAAACUAUUGUUUUUACGGUUAUAGGAGCAAAGUGAGGGACCCCAGAAGAAAGGAAGGCAAAUACCAACCUCUCGGUAUCUGAUUUUCAGAGUCAUUGAACCACAUAUCUGAGAAUCAAAUUUUUCUUCUCAAAUGAUUUUCUUUACAAUAAUAGCCUAUGAAAAAUAAAACCAGCUGUCUCAAUAGAAAACACAUUUCUUUCUCUUGCAUUCUAAAUGCUUUGGUUGGAAAGUAAGCCUAAGAUCCCUUAGGACAGUCUCAUCUCUUAGGGGAAGAUAAUCAUUUUAGGAUUUGGUAAGUGUAGCAUACAUUGCAACUCCUGCAAGAUGUUUGAGUAGUAGUGUAGGGUUUUAUGUUUUAUUUUAAUGAAUAAUUAUUUCAGCUAUAUUCUCACUCAAAUCAUUACAGCUAUAUUCUCAUCAAGAGUAUUGUUAUAUGGAGACAAAGGAAAAUCUCACUUUUUACCCAUUCAUUUCUGAGAACUAUGAAACCAAUUAGAUCAUCAUAAAUCAGCCCCUAAUUUUACUCAAACAAUUUUAGUAUUGAAAGUUCUGUUCCUGAUCAAGAAUUUAGCACCAGAUUCAUUAUACAUGUAACUAAAAAUAAUUUAUUAAAGAAUUAGAUUUCAAUAAAUAUUAAUAAUUAUUGAAAUUCAUUUCUCAAGUAACAUGAAAUAGACAAAUGUAUUGAGCAUAUUCAUAGUAAACAAAGAGCGUAUAUUUACUGACUACUUCCUAUGUUUAAAACAUUAACUCUGAUACUUUCAUGUAUCACUUAAUCCUCUAUUUGAUCCUAUCUUCUUAUUAUAAACAAGAAAACAGAAGUUAAAUAACCAAUGUGGUAUAGAUAGUAACAUUUGUAUUAAUUAUAUUAAAUACCUUAUUAUACUCUGUGGCUAUAAUUUAAGGAAACUAAAGUGUUAGUAUAUAUAGAGAGAGAACAUAAAGUAAUGGUAUCAUUUCAUCAUAAACAUAUAUGUUAUAAUAAAAGCUUAUUUUUACUCAAUUUUGCUAUCUCUCUAGAAUGUAAAAAAAAGAAAGCUAUUUCAUGACUGAUUUGGAUGACCCAGAUACCAACUGAAAAAUAGUCCAAUAGAGUUCUUUUUUCAUUCACAGAUUUUCUUUUAACAAAGGAUUACACAUUCAAAAUGAUUAGUUAAUUAAUACCCUGCAUUAUAAAGAAAGUCAGAUUAACACCCAGCCCAAGAAUCUAGCUAAUAAACCCAAGAAUAGAAAUCCUGAAAUAGAGAAACAGAUAAUGGUGGAUUGGAUAGAUUAGAGAUUUCAACAGAAUGAAGUCUUACAGAAUCUUGGCAAUAGACAUAGCAGCUCUAGGGCUGAGAUGGAGCUCCUAGAAGAUCCCCCCAACGCACUUCCUGCACCCCCAGGGCUGAGAUCCAGACAUUGCUGAAGAGGGCACAGCUAUGAUCACUGAUCACUGUGUGGCAGCGCCUCUGCAGUGCUGAGCCAGUGGAACUUGCUGUAAAUUAGCCCUCUGAAACUUGCCAGAAAUUGGGCCUCUAAUAUGCCAAGGAAAACUGCUCACAGAGAGAUCUCUCUCCAAAGGCUACAAAAUUGCCUGGAAGAGUAUGGGAAAAGAUGGUCACUGCAAUAUAGAAACAAGGUGCUGGAAAAGCUCUGUAUGUUGCAAGAAUCUGUGCUAGAAUAGCCACCUGUGCUGCAGGAACCAGAUGCUGGACAAGGAAGCUGCCAGCACUGUAGUAACCAAAUGCUGGAGAAGGUGCUAGACAAGCUGCAUACUUUGCAACCCAUGAGCGCCAAAGCGGAAGGAACCCUGCUUCCUCCAGUGUCUCUCCAGCGCCCUCCUCUGACAAGGCUUAAAUAACGCUGGCUGAUACUGAAUGGCCCACCUCUGCUUUCGCAGAACAAGUAAUGAAGAAUGAAUGAAUUUGGAGUUAAGGGACAAUAAAUUGAUAACUAGGACAAUGGUUUACAGAGUCCUGGGAGGUAUUACAAAUGGCAUAGGGAAGAGAAACCAAGAUCAGAUGAUUAUGGACAUGGGAGGGGCAAGUGGAAAAAUUGUCUUCCAUGGGAUUUAGGAGCCCGUGGCCACAGAGCUGGAGGUAAAUGGGGGGCCAGUGGGCCUCAUCUGUAUUUACAGGCGCUCUGCUCCACAUUGCUCGUUAUCACUGCCUCAGCUGCACUCUCCACCUCCAACCUGGUCCGUGUAAACGUGAAAAAUUGUCUUCCAUGAAACCAGUUCAUGAUUCCAAAAAGGUUGGAGACCGCUGCAUAAUGUAUGAAAAGAAUCUUCGCCCUGGAUCCAGCACCUUAUAAACAGUCACCUAAACCAGUCACCGUGUCUGAUGCCUGUGGUCCUAGCUACUUGGGAGGCUCAGACAGGAGAAUCACUUGAGGCCAGGUGUGUGAGACCAGACUGGGCAAUGUAGAGAAAACCCAUCACCACAAUAAUAGUAAUAGUAAUAAUAAUAAUAAUAAUAAUAACUUGGCUGGGUGGUGGCAAACCUGUAGUGCCAGCCAGUCAGGAGGCUAAGGUGACAGGGUCACUUGAGCCCAGGAGAGGCUGCAAUGAGGCAUGGUUGUACCCAGCCUGAGUGACAGAGCCAGACCUUGUCUCUAAAAAAAUAGGUGCUGAACGUGUGCAUAUUCUCUGAGACUGUAGAGAAAAAUCCAAGGAAGAAAACUUGUAGAAUAAAUUUGUCAUGGAGUUAACUGUUUUUCUUUAACUGUCAAUUUGUAUAGAAUCCUCAAGUUCUUAGAACCAUGUGUGGCAGAAGCUCACUCUCACCCAAUGGUCCUAGAAAUAUUACUUUCUUACAGAAUGCUCUCAAAAGCCAACUUCCUUUUCUUUCUAAUAUUUAUCUCAAUUUUUAAUUACAUAUUAAUGCACAGUGCUUGAUUAUGCCUGUAUUCCCCACUAAACUGCAAGCUUCAAGAGAUCAGAGAUUAUUUUUGGUCUCUGUUAUUUUCUGAAUACCUCUCCAAGCCCGGUAUGUAGUAGAAUAUCAAUAAUAAAUGUUUCUUGAAUGAAAGCUGAAGAAGUUAUUUUAUAUUUUCUAAGAUGAUCAUGAUAGCCCAGAAAAAGUUCUGUCUAUUCUUAUCAGUGCCAUUCAGGAGUAAUGACAUUUUCAUUAAUCUUAUUUAAGUCACAAGUGCUUAUGCUACCAAUAAGUAAUGCUGGUCAACGUUUUUUCUAUUUACAUUUUAAAAUUACAUGUGAGGCUCCUGCCUCCCCUUUUUCUCAGAUUUGUUGUAAUCUUGGCCUCUGGAGGAAGCUCUGGCACUGCACAGAUCCCUUUAUCUAGCAUUUGUUUAACCAUGAUUGCUGCUUCAAGAUUCUUCCUGCACUGCCUGUUCUCUUCCCAGAAAGCAAAUAAGUGAGCAGAAGAAAAAGCUUGAUUAAAUUCUCAAUGUUUUUCAUGGUUGCCUACUACUCUAACCUAUUUAAAAUGUAUAUACUCACAAUUUAGGUGAAGUAUAUUUGGGUUUUGAAGAAUUUACUGACAAUAGAAAGUAUGUAUCUGGUAUGAAAAUUAAUACCUUGAGCUGUGACUGUCAAAAUUCUUUGAACUAAUGGGCCUUUACAGGGAGUGCAUUAUUCACAAUAGUUUAAAAUAUGCAAACAAUGCACAAAGAGAUUCAUAAAGCUAUAAAAUUAUUCUAAGCUAGAACAAAAUUUCCCUGAUCUUUAAAGGGAGUUAGCUAUUAAUUUUUAAAUGCUGAACAUAGUUGACAUUUCAAAUUGAAUUGUUACUAAAGUAAUCACAUUGAAUCUCUUGGUUAAAUUUUCAAAGUACAGCCUAUGAAAUAUUCAUGUUACCAAAUCAAGGAAAAGAGACUUUCUUUAGAAUACAUGAAUUUUAUUUAGAUAAAAAAUCAGAUGCCUUCUAUUUAAAAAUAUAAUCAUCUCUUAAUAGGAAGAUGUACUUACUCUGUUAAGAAAAUUCAAGUGUGUGGAACUCAUGGAGUUUAUGUAGUGUUUAUUCUAUAAUUCAACUUACUGUGUAUCUAUUAUUUGUGAGGAAGGUAAUUUAAAAACUUUUAAGACUUGAUUUCUGAUGUCAAAGUAAACUCUAAUAGUUAAUACUGGAAAAAUACACUAUUUCAAGGAAGUGUUGCAUAUCACAAAUGUUUCCUGUAUUCAAAUUUCCCAAAAUGUGGUGUGCGUUUGUCACAUUGAAUGUGUUUAUGUGGUACAUGAGCCAACAUUUUAUAAUAUUAAUUCAUUUUUAAUUUUGUAUGACUGCCUUCUAAUUUAUUCAGAGAAUAUGAUACUCUUUAUAUUUUGCAAACUAUAAAUCUUAGUUUGUAAAAGCAACUUGAUUUUUUGAAAGCAUCACAUGUAAAUAAUAAUACAUAUGGGACACAGAUGUUUAUAAUUAUAAAAUAAUUAUAAUAAUGACUGAUGAUUGAAAAACAACUCUUAACAACUGCUUAUAAUCCAAAUUUACUAGUGCUCCCUUUAAAUAUUAAUAUUACCUUUAUGUCAGAGAUUUCAGAAGCUCAUAGUAGGUGUCCAAUAAAUAUUUGUUGAAUGGAUGAAUAAAUGAAUGGAUAAUGUGUAUUUUUAGACAAAUUAUAGUUCUAAUAAAUAAAAUCAAAGAGGAUAUACGUAGUGCAUUUAUUUUUCUAGUUAAUUCUUUGUAAUUUUUUUCUAAUUAAGAGUGUUUCUUCAAUUAUCAUAGGCCCCAUGGAGUAUUUGACAAUGCCUGUGUUCCCAAGAACCUCUAUACCUAUUUUACCAUAGGAUCUCCUCUACAGAACCUACACAGAAGAUAAUAUAACAUUUAUAAAGCAAUCCCCAAAGA